CCGGCGCGUGGAUUACGUCGAAAUAGGGCGCCGGCUAAAGAUUCUAGACGCCUACGGACUAACGGCGCGAGCCAUGGCGGGCACGGGUUUGGUGGCCGGAGAGGUGGUGGUGGACGCGCUGCCGUACUUCGACCAAGGCUACGAGGCGCCUGGCGUGAGGGAAGCGGCUGCGGCUCUGGUGGAGGAGGAAACGCGCAGAUACCGACCUACCAAGAACUACCUGAGCUACCUGACAGCCCCGGAUUAUUCUGCUUUUGAAACUGACAUCAUGAGAAAUGAAUUUGAAAGACUAGCUGCUCGACAACCAAUUGAAUUACUCAGCAUGAAACGAUAUGAACUUCCAGCCCCUUCCUCAGGUCAAAAAAAUGACAUUACUGCAUGGCAAGAAUGUGUGAAUAAUUCCAUGGCCCAGUUAGAGCAUCAAGCAGUUCGGAUUGAGAAUCUGGAACUAAUGUCACAGCAUGGCUGUAAUGCCUGGAAAGUGUAUAAUGAAAAUCUAGUUCAUAUGAUUGAACAUGCACAGAAAGAGCUUCAGAAGUUAAGGAAACAUAUUCAAGAUUUAAACUGGCAGCGAAAGAAUAUGCAACUCACAGCUGGAUCUAAAUUGAGAGAAAUGGAAUCAAACUGGGUGUCUCUGGUUAGUAAGAAUUAUGAGAUUGAACGGACUAUUGUGCAACUGGAAAAUGAAAUCUAUCAAAUAAAGCAGCAGCAUGGAGAAGCAAACAAAGAAAAUAUCCGGCAGGACUUCUGAAUAGACCGAUUUAGCAGAAAGGAAGAAAAGUAGGGAUUUUGCAAAGCAUCAGGUGCCUGAACUUCCUCUGAACUGUUUUAAUACAGCGUCCUUUCAGUAGUUGGUGGUUAAAUGUUUGGAGACUAUACAGUUUGUGCGCUGUUGAAUUUCUUUUGUUUGUGUGUCUUAACAAAAUAAAGAUUUUUCAACAUGGUUGUA